AUGUCAAGAUUUUGGCACUUCAAAAAGUUCUAUUUCUCCCUGUGUUUUUCUAAACAAAGAAUGCUGAGAAGGAUCAUCAAAAAUGAACUUUUAGUUCCAAUGAAAGUUACAUCCAAACACGAACAAGAGCAACCAAUUACUAACGAUGAGCCGCGUUCUUUACUACUGGAAGAUGCAAAUCCAAGUCCAGAUGUGGAAUCUGAACCAGAGUUAGAGUCGGAACAACUGGAAAAUCGUGAAGAUGUGCAUGAAAUCAUUAGGCUGAUGGUUCUAGGAACAGGUACCACGUUGCCUCGAUUAAGUAAUGAUCUGCUUACAGGAAUUUAUAAUUAUUGGAAAUUGAAUCCUAAUGAUGAUUUACCGCUUUAUAAUCCCACAAAAUAUACACCAUUUGAAUUUCACUCCCAAUAUAACCAGGAUCGCUCCUAUAUAAGCACACCAAGAUUGUCAGUGACAAAGUUGUUGGUAUUUAGUUGGUGUGAACUACGCAGCUUUUAUCAGGUUUAUUCAGGUUCGGUUCGGUUACCAUCCACACAAGCCAUGACACAGGGUACUAAACUUCAUUCAAAAUUAGAAGCAGAGAUCCACCCAGAAAUAGACACCACGGAAAUUGAACAGUUUCUUCUUUCUAACGCGAUGAGCUUAGGAGAAUUGCAAAAGGCUGUUCCAAUAGAAGAAGAUAAAGUGGUUUUUUAUUUGGGAGAGGUUGAACGGCUAGCAGUAGAUUGGGCAGAAAUGUUGAUUGAAAGGUUAUUUUCAUUGAUCAUGGGGGCUGAAGCAAGAGAAAUUUUAUUGCACGGUUAUUUGAAUUUUAACAAUCGACUGUUUGUGACCAACAAAGACGAAAUUCGUGAUCCCUCAAGUGUAUUAGUGAGCGGUAUAGUUGACUAUGUCAAACUUCAAAACCUUACAAACCCAAGUGAUGGUACUUUAUUUGAUGAUAUUCAUGGAUUUGUCGAUGAUAAUUUCGAUCAAGUUGAUAAUGUUCCCCUUGUGGAUCUUUCGAAAUUUUUGCCGGAGGCCAAACAGAUACUUCAACAUUAUGAUUUCAGAUUGACAUUUACCGAUGUGAAAACGAGAUCGGCACCGCAGAUUCCAAGACAAGAGUCUGUCCUUGAAGCUGCUAAAUUUCAAACAUUCUAUUAUAGACAUUUUUUUCAGUUGCUUAGUCGUGAUAGCAGAUUUACAUAUUUCAGUUUGAUUGAAAAUGCAGAGCGUAGAGGACAUGAUGUUGACAAGCCGUUGAGCAUUCUUACAACUAUCUGCUUGUUGCGGAAGCAUUAUCAUAUUUUGUUCAAAGAUUUCGUGAGACUUGCCAACGGCGAACCAAUCGGUUUUGCACCUUUUGAUGACUCGGCUAAGUCAAUGGCUUAUGAUUUUGUUUCUGUAUUUCAAUCCAGUGAUGAGUUUUCUUUGGCUAAUCCGAAUCAUACCCACUUUUUUGAACAAUUACGGGAGAUUGACGGAAUUGAGUAUGAUCUGAUUCUUUCGCCUUUGUUGAAAGUGUGGAAGACUCCACCUACUCUUAGAUACUUGGCUGCGAGAGCAAGUCAAUUAUUUGGUGUUUUCGAAGAAAAUCUUGGAGAUGUGACUUCAGUUGAGUAUCGACUUAACAAGACAUCUCAGUUACUACUGGAAAAUGUAUAUGAAUAUGAUUUUUCUGAAUUUCAAGUUGAAGUAGAAAGUGCCAGCAAAUUCUGGAAUGGGGAGAGAGAGGCAGUCCCAACUGAAGAUUUACUGCGUUGUUCUUUUUGUGAGUUUCAAUCGAAAUGUAUGGUGGCAGGUGGUAACACUACAGAAGCUGUAGAAAAGAAAACAAUAGGGCCAAAAAUCAGACAUUUUUUGAAUGAAUGUGAGUCAUCUUCAAAAGGAUAG